AUGACCAUAGUUGACAGAUCACCAGAGAAGUCUGACCACGAGUCAGCCGGGUGUCAGCGAUCUCCCUUGACAAGUGGAGACGUGGAAAUGGACGGUAGCUGGUUUCAACCCACUCAACCCAGCCUGCUGAGCUGUGAUGAUGGCCUUGACUUGCCCCAGAUGGUCCUCUUCCCUGCAGAGUGGCUCCACCUGAAGUGGACACAAGUUCACCCCAUCGGUGCAGGCUUGCAAAAUAUGGGGAACACCUGCUUCCUAAACUCAGCCCUGCAGUGUCUCACCUACACUGCUCCGUUUGCAAAUUACCUGCUGACACAGGAGCACUCCAACACAUGUCACGAGCCAGGGUUUUGUAUGAUGUGCACCAUGCAAAACCACAUCACUGAAGUUUUUGCAAACUCUCGAAAUGUUAUAAAGCCCACUGGUGUGCUCAACGAACUCACAAAUAUUGCAAGUCACUUCCGCCAUGGGCGCCAGGAGGACGCACAUGAGUUCCUGCGGUACACAGUGGAUGCUAUGCAGAGGUCCUGCUUACCUGGAGACUAUUUGGACAGGCAAACGCAGGCAACCACUUUCAUCCAUCAAGUAUUUGGCGGGCAACUGAGGUCCAGAGUUGAAUGUUUAAACUGCAAAGCAGUCUCGGACACAUUUGACCCGUUUCUGGACAUACCUCUGGACAUUAUGACGGCUCUCAGUGUCUCCCAGGCUCUGGAACAGUUCGUCACACCAGAACAGCUGGGUGGAGAUGACUCCUACAAAUGCGCCAAGUGCACAAAAAUGGUCACAGCGUCAAAGAGACUUACCAUCCAUCGCAGCUCCAACGUGCUCACACUCUGUCUCAAUCGCUUUGCAAACUUUAGUGGAGGCAAAAUCACAAAGUGUGUGAAAUAUCCAGAGUACCUGGACCUGCGGCCCUUCAUGUCUCAGUCUCAGGGGGAGCCUCUGCUCUAUGAGCUGUAUGCUGUGCUGGUCCACUCUGGAUUCAGCUGUGAUUCUGGGCACUACUAUUGCUAUAUUAAGGCCAGCAACAAUCAGUGGUAUCGGAUGAACGACUCGGCUGUGUCUGUCAGGGACAUCAAGUCUGUUCUUAACAAGCAGGCCUAUGUCCUUUUCUACGUCAAAUCCACUGAUGUGAAGAAAAAUGGGGACUACGGCCUGAGUUCUUCCUCCUCAUCCGUCUCCCACCCGAUCAGUAGACCCACAGUGAUCCCUGAUCAAGACAAAGUCCGGAAGAUUUCAUUUGUCUUCGGGCUAGGCAAACAGAACAGCCCAUCCUUGCCAUCCUCUGACAGCCAGCCGUCCUCUGCCAACAGCAGUAAUGGGGAGCAUCAUACUGGAGGGAAUGGAGCCUCGUUUUUGGUUCAAUAUGGCCAAAUUGGAGCCACUGAUGGUGUCACCAAAUCUGGUCAAAAUGAGCACCAGUACGGACACCACAAAGUGAAUAAACACCAAGGACUCCAUGUGACUCCCGCUGCAGCUAAUGGGCUGGACAGUGACCACAGUCACUUCAGUAAAGAGGUGCGUAACUAUGCCUCUCAGGCUCGUUCUUCUCAGAACAGCCACAGCGCUGCCAGUGAAAGCCAGCACCUCUCCAAUCCUGACACAAGGGCUAAAGCUGUAUCUGAGACCCCUCCUCAGCACCGACCAUCCUCCACUGCUAGCUCUCCAUCUUCAGCUACGGCCACAAAGACCCAUUCUGUCACAUUUGCAGAGUCUGGCUUCUUUUUAUACCAUAAUGGCAACUUCAAUGCGGCCUUAUCCACCUCAUCAGACUACUCCCAAAGUACCAGUGGGCCCUCUGCAGCUUCGUUAAAAGUCAGCAGAGAUGGCGAUGAAGUGAAUGGUCUGCUUACAGGGACUGAUGGGCGUACAGAUGCUAAAGAACAGCACCAGUACAAGCCCACUUUUAGAGGCAAUAAAGGACAAUCUUUCCAAGACAGGGAGAGAAACAGCCUGUACUCUGUGUGGAGCAGAGACAAAGAGAAACAGUACAGAGACAGAAGUAAAGAGCGAGAAAGUGACAGUGAUCGUCACUAUGACAGGGGGCACUACAACUGGGAAUGCUAUCCUCAUCCCAGAGAGCAGGACCAUGACAAGUGCUCUAACCAUUACCACCACUACCGGUCUAGAGAGGACUGGGAACGCGGACAGACGGGACAUGGUUAUCCCUACCGCGAUCAAUCUAACUGUCACAGGAGGUGGCAAGAGGAGGGUCAAAAAUCCCGGUCAGUGAGGGGUAAAAACAGCAACGGAGAGAGAGACCUUAACCUGCCUAAAGACAGAGAUACUGCUUCAUCUGCAACAAUGGCAGAAACCUCAAAAUCCAUCGUCUCUCCCCCUAAAGCUCAUUUCUCCUCGUUUGAAUCCGCUCAAAACAAGGCGGAUCGUACUCGCAAGAGGAGCCGGAGCAAGGAAAGGGAAGGCAGCCCUGAGGCGCAUUGCUCUAAAAAACCCAAAAAGAGCGAGGAAAAGAAGAGAUCAAAAGAUAAAGACAGACACCGUGAGAGAGGAAGCUCUGAUGAUUCUGACAGAGCCGCAGAAACAAAAAAGAAAAAGAGGCGGCAGCGGGACAGUGAGGCGGAGCACCACAGCCCCCUCAGUCACAAGAACAGGAGCAGCGAGGAGAGGGAGAGCCGUAAAAGAAAAUAUGAUGAUAUCAGGAAGUCUGAACAUGACAAUUAUCCACCUGAAAAACGCUGA